AUGUCUUCGCCAAACACCACCUGCCACGUGUGCCAGAGCUACUGCCUCGGCUGCUCCUCCUCUGCCUCUGGUGCGUCUCCUGCUGCUUCUGCCCCCCUUGUCCCUCCUUCACCGCUACCCACAUCCACAUCCACCAGUACUCUCUCCCCAGGAGCCAUAGUGGUGGCGGCACUCAUUGCACUCGUCGCCCUUGCCCUCCUCCUCUCUCUCACUCGUUUUGUUCCCUUUCUCUCUGCCACAGCCUCCCCCCUUGCUUCCAGCAGUGCUCUCUCUCUAGGAGCCAUAGCAGCCAUGGUGGUGGCAGCACUCGUUUCUCUCAUUGCUCUCAUCGUCUUCAUCAUCCUCAUUUGGUUCUACUUCCGCUGUUCAAAGCCUGGUAGCAGCAAUGGCACGGCUGCAGCACCCAGCACUGGUGCCACUGCUGGGGUAGUGCAUCAACUACAACGAGGCAACCCUGCAGAUGGAGCAGAUCAUCGUGUCCCAGUUCAUGCCCAACGGGGACCUUUCACAGUGGACAAUGCCAGGUGCGGUUAG